GCAGUUGCCUGGGAAACAAUGAAAACAAAAGUCAUGUCUGGCCAAAGGAGUCCCGCCUGGCAGACAGCCACAUGUGUACUCUUUACUCUUUAGCAGUCUGAUCAGUAUUUAUUUACAACUCUCAGUUAACUGUUGAGUGACAUUUUGAUUUGUGUAAUUGAGUGUAAUCCUACGGCUGCAGAAACAGUGUCUGGAGUCUUGUUUUGCUUUGUAGCUUUCUUGGUAUUUGGGGUGUUGCAUAUAAAGAGGUGGUCUCCUUAAUGCCGCAGCAUGGGCAAGGGAAAGAAAAAAAAGGUCAACCUAAAGGGAAGACUAUUACUUUGAAAAUGGCUCAGAACAGCGUGGAAAUGACGGUGGAUGGGAAAAGGCGGCUGAACCUCAGUUUUCAGGAGAUCGCUGCAGUGCCAAAGUGCCUCCAGAAGCUGUGUGAAGUCGAUGAGCUGGACAUGAGCAGGAACCUGAUAAGGAAGAUUCCAGAUUUUAUUGAUCUGUUUGUCAGUAUCCGUGUUCUGGAUCUGCACAGCAACUAUAUAGAGGAGCUCCCUGUGACCAUCGGCCGCCUGCAGAAUCUGUUGGUUUUAAACUUGUGUAACAACCGGCUGACCACUCCAAGUGAGCUUGGCCUGCUGGCAAAACUCCAAACGCUCCACCUGGGUCUCAACCAGCUGGACGCUCUUCCUGCCUCCAUCGGUGAGCUGAAGGAGCUCCGGCACAUCGGCCUGUCUGACAACCGAUUCACGCGUAUCCCCAGCUGCAUAUCCAGGCUGAACAAACUGCAGAAGGUCAACCUGGACAGGAACCCCAUGCGUGCUGAGGAUACGCCCAGCCACGAGUCAGUCAUGACAUCAGAGAGUCUUUAUGUGGUCCCAGAGAGCUUUCUGUGUGAGCACUGUCGGAAGAAAUGCCAAGACCAAAGGAGGACUGAGAUGUAGAUGCUGCUUUUACUUUAAAAAAAAUCAGUCAUGGAAAUUCUGAUUACUAUGUUUGUAUUUCACACCCACUGUUCCUUUAAUUUUAACUUACACUGCAGCACCAUCUGCUGUUUUAACACCGACAUUAACAAGUUUAAAGCACAUUAAACACUGUACUGCAUAUGUUACUGUGACCUGCAUUUAUAAUAUGUAACACUGUUAAAGUAAGUCAACUAAAAAUCCAGUGCUUUCCUGUGAUGACAGAAAAUUGAGGCAGUUUCAUUCAAUCACUCAAGUUUUCCUUCAUGUAGCUAUUUGAAGAGCAUAGAGUGAGAAGUUGAUCCUCAACUAGCACAAAAUUUCAUGCAGUGAUCACAGUUACUGGAUACGUUUGUGACCCAUGGCGGUUUUUAGCUAAAUCAUUUCUAACAAAAGAUAUUCUAAAUAUUACACAGUGUACUAUGUGUACUGAUGAUGCAUUUGCUCUAGAGGGCAGCAAAGACUACCAGAAAACAACAUUAUUGUCUGAGAACCUGAGCUUUUGCAGAUGCCACGUUUCUUUCACUGACUAUGAACGCUAAUACUCGUCUUAAAUAUUGUGUGAUAAUAAAUCAUUUCAUUUAAAUUUAGAUUCAGAAAACUUUAUUAGCCCCCAGGGGCCAAUUAAAAGAGGCAUGUAGAGACGACAGUGCAACAGUGACUUAAGAAAUUGAGUAAAAAACAAGAAAUUAGAGAUAAGUAACAUAAAUAAAAUAAUGCAUAAUUUAUUGCAGCAUUUUUGCAAAUAUGUUGUUGGGGUGAAGUGGUAAAUUUGGCGUGCAGUUUUUAAUGUAAGAAAUGAAGUAUGUUAACAGAAUCACAGUCAUGCAAUGGUAGGUCUGAAUAGUCAUUCAUCAUCAUCCUCAGUCAUAUGGAAUGCAUUUUUUUCGCUAUUAAAUAUGAGAAUAUCUACAAAUCUGA